AUGGCUCCAAAUCUCGCGAGCUUCAAUGAUUGGUUGAGCAUGGCAAAGAUGGUACCUGAAUUACGAAGUCAGGCUGACUGGAACAAAUGGAACAAUGCCCUUCGCGUCGUCCUCAACGCCUGCGAUCCCCGAAUCUGGAACCUCAUUGAGGGCCCCGCAGAACGGCCUACUGUGAUCCUCAGCGAAGAAGAAAUCAGUCAACACCUUGCUAGCAAAAAGCGCAAGCUGCCAGAAGCCGUUACCAAGGAUGAGGUUUCCAGAUACAAAACCACCGCCCAGAAUGCCCACAACGCAUGGAAAAUGCUCGAAGCCCGCGGCCUUCUCCUGCUGUCGUCUACACUGGGACCCACACCCCGCAAGCUGAUCUCAGGAAUCACAAGCAUCGCCGCCGCAUACAGGGAGGUCCAGGACUGGUGCGAUAGCCCGACCUGGUCACGUAACUGUUGGCUGUGGACCGAAUGGACCUCGCUUUGGUUCGAAGAAAAUGACAGCGCCGAGGAGUUUGUCGAACAUUGGCAGAUCUUCCUGGACGAUCUUCAAUUCGUUUCCGAUGAAAUCUCGCCCUUUGUCCAGUUUCACGUCUUUAUGGAAGCGAUCAGUCAUCACCCAGGUACAGUAGAUUUCCACGAGAAUCUAUCCUGGGAGAGCUAUGAUGAUCUCCCCAUGGCAAUCGUUAUUGGCAAAUUCUUGACUUUCAUGUCUGAGCGCUGA